AUGUUCUCCUCCCUCGUAAACUCUGUCAAGACAGAGUACAACUCCUUUAACAUGUGGCCUUUCAAGAGGUCAUCUGAAGACCCAAGUUUGAAGACCGCUCCGCCCAGUAGACUCAGCGAAGCACUGGCGCAAAAGGACAGAGCAAGACCUUGGUCACCAACCCUCGCCAGCACUCGCGGCCACAGCCUUCGCAUCUCCACCCGCACAAUCAUAACCACGGGUGAAGUCAUUCUCCAAGGCUGGCCAUCGCGAGGUGGUCUUAUCGAGCUGCAAGGCGCUCUGGCACCUGACUUUGAGUAUCUCAAGCUGAACUCCAUCGACCCACCCCUUCGCCGCGACCCAGACCAGGAAGCUGAAGACGAAUUCUGCCGCGGCCUGCUCCGCCUGGGAGCAACGUGGUGGGCAAGCGACCGUCGCCGCAACUUCGUUCACCGGCUUGAGAGCCAAUUCGAAGAUGCCAUAGAAGCGUGCCAAGCCGACGAAAGUCUUGACCCCUCUCGACUAGAACGCGGAUGGGUUCGCGUAGCAUGGCCAUCUGAACCAGCCGGUUCGCUAUGCGUAUUGGAAUGCGGGAGGGUCAACCGUGGCCGAAGGGGUAACGAGAUUCAUCGACCUCGGCAGGCGGGACUGUUGUUGUUGGCGAGGACGAUGGACGAGAGGUGUGAGAUGUUGAAGAUGUUUGGGUGA